AUGUAUGGUGAAACACUUGAAGAAGAAAAAGAAGAAGUUCCAAUCAAACAACAAUCACCAUCUCCAAUAGGAUUUAUAUUACCUACAUUUGAAAUAAUUAGAGGAAAUUCACCAGAAUCUUCAGGUCCGGAUAAAUGUAAAUUUCAUAGUAGAAUUGCAAUCAAUGAUUUACCUCAAUUAGCUCCAUUGAAAAUAGUUCAAAGAGAAAGUUUAACAAGAAUUAUAGAUGAAAGUAGAACUUCAAUUACAACUAGAGGUAAAAUUCAUCAAUCUGGACAACAACCAAAACCUAAUGAAGAACCUAAAUUAUAUUUACUAGUUAAAGGAUUAACAAAACAAUCAGUUGAAGAAGCAAAUACAAUUAUUAAACAAUUAAUGAUAGAAGGUAUUGAAUCACUAAGUAAUAAUGUUAAUAAUAAAAAUGGUACAACUGGUAAAUAG